CCACUCCAUAGUCACGAUUCAUAAUUUUAUUACUCUCUGAAACUUUGCGAACAAAUUCCCGUUCCGGUCCCGCAUAUGGGAUCCAAAUACUCACCAUUAAAGUAUAGUAUACUUAUAUAAGUCAUAACCUCUUAGGUAUCACAUUCUCAUCUCUUCCGGUUAUCCACUCACCUUCCAUCAAAAUGGCAGAAACCCCGAUCCGAAUAGGAAUUCUAGGCUGUGCUAACAUAGCCCGCAAGGUAUCAAGGGCGAUGCUCCUCUCCCCUAACACCACCAUCUCCGCCAUCGGCAGCCGCUCUUUAGAAAAGGCAAUUGCUUUCGCAUCGGAAAACCACUUCCCUGAAUCCACCAAGAAGUACGGCAGCUACGAAGCCGUACUGGACGAUCCUGAUGUUGACGCCGUUUACGUUCCCUUACCGACCAGCCUCCAUUUGCGGUGGGCUGUUCUCGCCGCCGAGAAGAAGAAACACGUUUUGCUGGAGAAGCCGGUGGCACUUGACGUCGGGGAACUGGAUAGGAUACUGGAGGCUUGUGAAUCGAGUGGUGUACAGUUCAUGGAUGCUACCAUGUGGAUGCAUCAUCCACGGACGGCUAAGAUGAAGGAGAUCCUUUCCGAUCCGCACAGAUUUGGACAGCUCAAAUCGGUCCAUAGCACGUUUUCGUACGUAGGAGAAGGUGAUUUCCUACAGAACGAUAUUCGUGUAAACCCAACUCUCGAUUCACUUGGAGUUCUUGGCGAUGCUGGUUGGUAUAGCAUACGAGCCAUUUUGUGGGCUUAUGAUUAUGAGCUUCCAAAAACUGUUACUGCGAUUGGAGACCCUGAGUACAACGAAUCAGGAGUAAUCUUGUCAUGUGGUGCUUCAUUAAACUGGAAAGAUAGUGGGAAAGUAGCGACUUUUUACUGUUCGUUUUAUACGAAUUUAACCAUGGACAUAACUGUCCUUGGGACUAAAGGAAGCUUACGAGUUCAUGACUUUGUUAUCCCGUUCAAUGAAAACGUGGGUCCUUUCUACGCAGUGGCAAAUUCAAGCUGGAAAGAGUUGUCACUUGGAUGUGAGCCUGAACCAAGUGAGUUUAAGAUCACAACUGUUCUUCCUCAAGAAGCAUUAAUGGUGCAGGAAUUUGGUCGACUAGUUCAGGGGAUUAACGGUGGUGACGCUAAACCGGAGAAGAAAUGGCCAACGAUUAGUAGAAAGACCCAAGCAGUGAUUGAUGCAGUUGUGGCUUCGAUUAAGAAUGGUUUCAAGCCCGUUGAAGUUGUCUACUAGGUCAUUUGUACAUGGCUUUUGUUCUGCUGUCUUCACAGUUGACAUAUAUAAUAAAUAAAGACCAUAUUUUGAAAUAAAAUUGUUGGGUAUUAUAGAAAAGAAUCGUGAUUUUUAAAAUAAUUUUAUCUUUGUUCAUAGAUUUUAAAUGUCCUUAUAUUUAUCGAUAUAGGCAUGCUACUAAUUUGCAACAUUAUAUAAAUUUGCGUCUUAAAUCUACACCUGGUAGUGAAGCUAGCCAUACGACUUUUUUGGACAAUAACACCCACUAGAUUUACUUGAGCCUCAAAAUUACUUAGGAGUGUCCUCUUACUUGGUUGGAGAUUAAU